AUGCCCACUGCACAGGAUGCCCACUGCACAGGAUGCCCACUGCACAGGAUGCCCACCGCACAGGAUGCCCACUGCACAGGAUGCCCACUGCACAGGAUGCCCACUGCAAAGGAUAUCCAGUACACAGGAUGCCCACUGCACAGGAUGCCCACUGCACAGGAUGCCCACUGCACAGGAUGCCCACUGCACAGGAUAUCCAGUGCACAGGAUAUCCAGUGCACAGGAUGCCCACUGCACAGGAUGCCCACCGCACAGGAUGCCCACUGCACAGGAUGCCCACCGCACAGGAUGCUCACUGCACAGGAUAUCCAGUGCACAGGAUGCCCACUGCACAGGAUGCCCAGUGCACAGGAUGCCCAGUGCACAGGAUGCCCACUGCACAGGAUGCCCACCGCACAGGAUGCCCACUGCACAGGAUGCCCACCACACAGGAUGCCCACUGCACAGGAUGCCCAUUACAUAGGAUGCCCACUGCACAGGAUGCCCACUGCACAGGAUGCCCACUGCACAGGAUACCCAGUGCACAGGAUGCCCACUGCACAGGAUGCCCACUGCACAGGAUCCCCACCGCACAGGAUGCCCACUGCACAGGAUCCCCACCGCACAGGAUACCCACUGCACAGGAUACCCAUUGCACAGGAUGCCCACCGUACAGGAUACCCACUGCACAGGAUGCCCAUUGCACAGGAUGCUCACUGCACAGGAUAUCCACCGCACAGGAUGCCCACUGCACAGGAUGCCCACUGCACAGGAUGCCCAUCGCACAGGAUACCUACCGCACAGGAUGCCCAGUGCACAGGAUGCCCACUGCACAGGAUACCCAUUGCACAGAAUGCCCACUGCACAGGAUGCCCAGUGCACAGGAUGCCCACCGCACAGGAUGCCCACUGCACAGGAUGCCCAUUACAUAGGAUGCCCACUGCACAGGAUGCCCACCGCACAGGAUACCCACCGCACAGGAUACCUACCGCACAGGAUAUCCAGUGCACAGGAUACCCACUGCACAGGAUGCCCACUGCACAGGAUGCCCACUGA